AUGGUCAACAGGGAGCAGGUGGUUUUGGCCAGACAGGUGGCGCAAACGCUGCUGGAUUUGGUCAGCAGAAUACUGGUUUUGGCCAGCAAGCAGCAGGAGGAUUUGGCCAAGGAGGUGCCACUGGCGCAUUUGGUCAACAGGGCCCAGGUGGUUUUGGCCAGGCUGGCCGAGGCGCGACAGGUGGUUUUGGUCAAGGAGGUGCCACUGGCGCAUUUGGUCAACAGGGAGCAGGUGGCUUCGGACAGGCUGGCCGAGGCACGGUAG